GGCAGCGGGGCCAGCCGCGGCUGCGGCGCCUGGCCAAUGGAGAGGCGCGGCCGCCCGCAUUUAAACCGCAGCCGGCGCGAUGCCCAGCACUCGGUGCCCAGAGCGCCUUCCUCCAGGUCCCGGUGACCCCGCGCCCAGCCCGGAAGGCCCGCGCCUCGGUGGUACCCCUCCACCACGCGUCACCAGCGCAGACCCCCGUCACUGACAGCAUGAGCCGCACCGCCUACACUGUGGGAGCCCUGCUUCUCCUCUUGGGGACCCUGCUGCCAGCUGCUGAAGGGAAGAAGACUGGGUCCCAAGGUGCCAUCCCCCCACCAGACAAGGCCCAGCAUAAUGACUCAGAGCAGACUCAGUCUCCUCAGCCUGGCUCCAGGAACCGAGGGCGGGGCCAAGGGCGAGGUACUGCCAUGCCGGGGGAGGAGGUGCUGGAGUCCAGCCAGGAGGCCUUGCAUGUGACAGAGCGCAAGUACCUGAAGCGAGACUGGUGCAAAACCCAGCCCCUCAAGCAGACCAUCCACGAAGAGGGCUGCAACAGCCGCACCAUCAUCAACCGCUUCUGCUAUGGUCAGUGCAACUCCUUCUACAUCCCCAGGCACAUCCGGAAAGAGGAGGGCUCCUUCCAGUCUUGCUCCUUCUGUAAGCCCAAGAAAUUCACCACCAUGAUGGUCACACUCAACUGUCCUGAACUGCAGCCACCCACCAAGAAGAAGAGGGUCACACGAGUGAAGCAGUGCCGUUGCAUAUCCAUUGAUUUGGAUUAACCCAGGCACUCCUCGCCUGGUCCAGGGGGGCAGCGCAAGGUGGUCCCCCAGCCAGACCUAAAACAACCUGAUUCUUACUUGGCUUAAACCUAGAGGCAAGAAGACCCACCGGGAGCCUGCUAGUGUGUAGUUUGUGUGCAUGUGUGUGCAUGGGUGCCUGCCGGGCACAUGCAGAAGAAACAGUCUACACUAGAGGGCAUGUCCAACUAUGCAAAGGUAUCUGCUUCCAAGGGAAACAGCACAGAGAGCCCACAGCAGGAACUGGGGCACAGGCAGAAAGGCAGGGCUUAGUCUGGUUUUGCCUUUGUCUCCCCUGUGCCCUCCAGGAGACCAGGCUCACAGAAAAGUGUGCUCCAAGGGCAAGUUAGUGCUGCACUGGAUGUGGAAAAGGCAUUUCAAACAGCUCCGCUCCUUUUUCCUUCUUUCCACAGCCUAGCCCUUUUUCUCUCUGUCUAUUUAUGACUCCUUCCAACUUUGCCUAGGUUUUAAGAUGAACUCACUUGGCCAUAAAUACAAACCUUUCUCAUUCAGGAAAGGCUCUUCUGACUCUAGUGUGCUUAGUGUAGCACAGGUCAGGGAUGGAGGAGUGAGGGAUUAGGAAUGAGGACCACUGGGGGGGGGGGGGUUCCGUAAAACUUAGCUGGAAUGUGGAGCAGAGCCUUUCAGGGGUCAGACAGCAAUAAGACACAUCUUUUUCGGUGUCUAUCAGAACCCAAGUGGCUAGAAGAGAAAUGAGAUUGCCCCCAAAUCCUGAACAUUGGCUGUCACUGCUACCUGCUGACCUCAUUCCACUAACCUGAUCUGUAAAUCAACAUCAAACUUAAAACAUAGAUCCUGACCACUCUUGUUUACAGAACCAAGUGAAUGUGUUCUCCCUCAGGUGGAUAAUAGAAUUCAGAGCCCCCUGUACCGGUAUAGGAACAAAAUAGAAAACUUCAUGGGCAAAUGGCCCUAAAAAUCUUAAUUUGCUGUUUGGUGAUAAUCACCUCAUUCCCAGUGCAUUAUUUCUGUGUAAUGCUUCUGAGAGUUACAACCUUGCAGUAGAAAGAUUCUGCCUUUGCUGUGUGGACCUGCUAGUCAAGAACCAGUCUAAAAGAGGAGAAAAAUUCUGGGCCUGCUCCAUUUAAGCUAGAAGUAUAGUUUGGGUCUUUUUAAUUUAACCAUUGAACUGAACUGGAGAGAAGGGUAGAUCAAGGAAAUACAGGGGAUUGCUUUAGCCAAGGAAGAAUUAAAUUCCUGGGAGAUAUAAAAGGUAUGACUUCCACUUACUUGUCCCUUACAGGUCCAAUGAAAAAUCCAGUUAAGAAAUCACAGAGGACACUAGUUAUCUAUCUGCUGCUGGUGGGAUUCAUUGAUUUACCAGAGACACGCCUCUCAAUGCCUGUUAGACUCUGUAGCCAAGGGGGAGGGGGAGUGAGCCUUAGUGUAGUUUGAAUCUGGCUAAUGCACUAAUGCCAAGCCUGAGGCUUUAUAUGUAAUCUCCCACCCUCCCACACCACCACACCCCCAUACUCUUUUUGCUUUACUAGCCAAGUCACUUGGGCCAAAGACAAAAAACCACCAUCCACUGUCCAUCACAGCUCAAGUAUUAAAGAAUCAUUGCAACAAAAGAGGCUACUUUUUCUUUUUGUUCUGGUCCUGUGCUCUCCCAUCAAUAGCCACACAGGAACCAUAAUUUGAGGCAGCAGUCUUGAACACACAAAGCAUUGGGUCUAAUCUUAAACCACUUAAAUCCACUACUAAUCAUUCUGCCUGAAUCAUUAGCAGUGAAUGCAAUACAUUGUCCAUGCAUUUUGUGUACAUUGUCUACCCAACCCUAAAUCUUGCUAUCCUCCCCAUCUUUCAGCAGAGUGGGUUUAAUAAGCACACAAAUGCUAAGCCAGUAUUUUGAGGCAAUCUGGUGGGGGGUGUGGGAGGGGAGGAAAAUGCCAUUCUGAACCAGCAGAUGCUGAAUUUGUCUUGUUUUAGCUCUGCCACAAGCAUGCAAUUCUGUUACAAAGAGAUGACUUCAGUUGGCAGCAAUAACCUUCUUUUAGUAGCUUGAACCACAGUCUUGCAUGUAAGUUGGAACUGGCUGAAGUAAAGAGAAUUUCCUCAAAAUUAAUUUCACUGGGAUAAUCAGAAGUAUAAUUGCCCUAAAAGCACAGCUCAGGCUCAAGAAGGAAACGUCUGCUUUUCUAACUGUGCCUUUCUUAAGACUAGCACAAGUGCAGUGUGUCUUCCAACAGUUAUUGAAAGUGCCAUGUCUGUUCCUGAUUGUACUGAAGUCACUGAUUAUGUAAUGAUAUGGUUUUUUUUUCCACUACUAUAGUAGAAUUUUUAAUAACAAGGUAUUUAUGAGCUCAGUCUUUUCUGUGAAAAUAAUGCCGGACACUAAAUAUGAAUUUUAUGAUUUACACUUUAAGCUUGGCGUUGAAAGAGGAAACACACACACAUACACACAAACACGUUGUAAAGCUGUAAGUUGUUAUUGUAGUUCUUCAAAGUUACAAGUGUAAGUGAAAAAUCUGGAGGAAAGGCUAAUUUCCACUGUGUGGAAUGUGAAUAAAUAAACAAAAAGCUAUGGUUAUUUAAUGUAAUUAUUAAUUCAAAUCCUUUGGCCACUGUGAUUUCAAGCUUGCUUGCUUGCUUCCUCUUCCUCCUCUUCCUCCUCCUCUUUUUCCUCCUCCUCCUUCUUUUUCUCCUUCUUCUUUUACCUUUAUAAGACCUCCUCUGAAUUGAGCAAAGAGGAGACUAGCACAUUGUAAGCUGUUGCAGAGUUUUAUCAGGUCAUGAAAAACAGUAGACUAUGCUUGAACAUGCUUUGCAGAGACAAGACCUGAACUUUGGUUACUUGUUUGAAUGUUCCUUAAAGGUUAACACUUCUGAGGCAACAUAAAGACAGAUCUUAAAUGUUAUUUUGGGAGACAUGAUGUGCAUAUACAAACAGAUGGCAGACAAUAAGUCCUUUUGUGGAGAAGAACUAAAGUGAAAAGUGUUAAUGUACAAAACAUUUCUGAGUGACCAGUUAACACUUAAGACUGAGAGCAGUUCUAUUGAUUUGUCAUUCUCAAGAUAUGUAAUAUCAACUGCAUUAUGUAUCAUGUCUGCUUUAAUUAGUUAUAAUAAAAUAAACCAGAGGAUUCUGUA